GUGUAGCGAUUUAAAUUAAUCUGCAUAAUAUACUUUUAAUGUUUGAAUCCCAAGUGAUAAGUUUACGUAACUUGAUCUUUGACUUGGUUUGGUAGAUUAAAUUGAAAAUAUUAUUCUGUACCAAAACUACAUAGGGUACUGACCAUAUUCUAGGGCGAAAAUGAAAACUUGGUCAUCAACCUGUAUAGUUGCAGCUGUUGUAUGUUUCUGUCAAAUAACCUCUACGCAUUCACAAGCCAUAAUAUUUGAGGAUGAUGAAGACAUGCGACCGGCUCAACCAACCAGUUCGCCAACACCAAACGACGUCGAUGCUCAACCAGGCUUAGUUGAUGCUGCAACAUUUACAGUAUGUUACAAUGAUUGUCAAUCGCGCGUUCUGAAAGAAUUCAAUCCUCUAUGCGGCUCGAAUGGAUUUACAUAUGAUAAUCCAAGGUUAUUCAGAUGUGCACAGAACUGCGGCUUAAGAAUAACGGUAUCCUCUCCUGGUCGCUGCUGAUUAGUCCAAAAAGAAGUACGUACCGUGCGCAAUUACCAAAACCUAUCCAUUCGAAAGCCUAAUAGGUAGUAAGAUUUUAUAUUUUUUGUUAUUUUGUUUAACGGAACAACUAUUGUUAAUAGAAUACGAUUUUCCUUUAUUAUAAAUUGUUGAACAUCUUGA